UAUUGAAGAAAUAAAAAAAUAGUUUGCUGUAAUUUUCCAUGCAAAUCCCUCAGUUUUUGAACCUGACCAUGUUCACUUCCCUUACUUAAUUCCUUCAAAACUCAGUUAACCCUUCUUGGUUUUUGAGCUUUGACAUUGUAUAUAUACUUCCACUUCCCCUGCAGCAUCUCUCAAGCUCCAUCGAGCUUUUUUUUCUGGUAAAGCCUAGUGUUUUUUUUUUUUUUUUAUAUACAGUAUAAUCUUCAACACCAAAAACUAUGGCUAACGAGCUUAAGCUCCAAGAAUUCAACAAGUACGGAACCAAGCCCUCUUCAAAGAGAAAGGGUCAUGGCUUCACAACCAAGUGUGCUUCCUUGAUUAAAGAGCAACGUGCUCGUGUCUACAUCUUGCGUCGUUGCGCUACCAUGCUCCUCUGCUGGUAUAUCCAUGGCGAUGACUAGUCGAUCCAACUUGUUCAUCGAUCUGAAAAGGGUGUCUCAGUAUAUUUUGUUUCUCAAAUUAAUGCUCUCGUAAUUUUUCUUCCCUUACACUUUGUUAUAUAUGCUGAUCCAGUAAGGUUUCAUGGGCUAAGGCGUGGCUUAUUCUGCUAUAUGUGUGCAUCAUCAUUCUCUCCUGGAGUGCAAUUCCAACCUUUUUUUAAACCCAAUUGAGAGGAAUCCAUCAAUUGGGUUUUUGGUAACACAGGAGAGUUUGUUGAUGAUGGUGAUGGUGACAUAUUUGCAAAGCUACACUCUUGCUUUUUCACCAACUGGGCAUCAAGUGUAUAUAUAUAUAUAUAUAUCUAUAGAUAUUGUGUGCAAGUACUAAGAAACAUGGAGCUGUUAUUGAAAUAAACGUGGAAGGUUGAUUCAUUAUCUCCAUGCUCUUAUUAUUUGUUUAUCAAAGGUUGUUUCCCUGUGAAUUUAAGGGUUAAUUUCAGUUGUAUUCGGGUUUCUGAUGUACCCUAGCCGGGUAGCUGCUGCUGGCCUGCUGCACUUUUUUUUUUUUUUUUUUCUCUCAAAAGAGAAAAUCUUCUCCCCGUCUUAAUUAGUCUUUUCGGAAAUAACAUGAAUUUCAUGUUAUUUACCUGCAGGAAAAAAGAGAAAAAUGAAGGGAGAACCUGUAAGCUUGUAAUUUCUUACUUGUAAGUUGUAACCAUGUAAUUUCUUACUUGUAAGUUGUAACCAUGUAAUUGAGUUAUUUAUGUUAUAAUAAUUUGAUCUCUAUUUAUGAGAUUGUUGUA